CGCCGGGCAGCCCCAGGCGGGCGGCAGAGCUGCCCCCCAGGCCUGCCCGCUCCGGCCCUCCGCGGCCAGCCGAGCUGUGACACACGGGCGGCCGGCGGCACCAGCGCUGGGCCCGGCCGCCGUUACCGGCUGCCGCCUCUACCAGGGGCGGGCCCCGGCGGCGGCCGAGAGCCUGCGGAGCGGCGGGGCCGGGGGAGGCCGCCGUGCGUGGUGCCAGGCAGCCGUGAGCGCCGCGGCUCCGGCCGGCAGCCCGCCGUGCGGCAGGGGAGCCCGGCCCGGCCCGGCCCGGCCGGGACUGCCGGAGCCCCGCGGCCCGGGGGGCGGCCGGCUGCGCGCGCCUUUUGCGACGGCGGCGGUGCGCUUUCGCUUUACGGCAGGCAGCCUCGUUUCCAGCGGCGCGGGCGGCGUCCCGGUGUCGGCGCACGCUGCUGACGCACGCGGCCGGCGGCGGGAGCGGCGCGCGCGUGGGGAUCCGCCACGCGCGAGGAGGAGGCAGUAGAGGAUGUCUUUUCGUGGAAGAGGAGGCGGAGGAGGAAGAGGAGGCGGCUUCGGUCGCGGAGGAGGUGGCGGUGACAGAGGUGGCUUUAAUCGAGGUGGACGAGGUGGCUUUGGACGGGGAGGUGGACGAGGAGGCUUCAACAGAGGCGGAUAUGACCAGGGGCCUCCAGAAAGGGUAGUCUUAUUGGGAGAGUUCAUGCAUCCGUGUGAAGAUGACAUUGUUUGUAAAUGUAAAACAGAAGAAAACAAGGUGCCUUACUUCAACGCCCCAGUGUAUUUGGAUAAUAAGGAACAGAUUGGCAAAGUGGAUGAAAUCUUUGGGCAGCUGAGAGACUUUUAUUUUUCUGUGAAACUGUCUGAGAACAUGAAGGCCUCUUCAUUUAAAAAAAUGCAAAAGUUUUACAUUGAUCCAGCAAAGCUGCUUCCCCUUCAGAGGUUUUUGCCGAGGCCUCCUGGAGAAAAAGGUGCUCCUAGAGGAGGUGGUAGAGGAGGACGUGGUGGUGGACGUGGAGGAGGAAGAGGCGGUGGUAGAGGAGGAUUUGGAGGAGGAAGAGGUGGAGGAAGAGGAGGAGGAGGAUUCAGAGGAGGAAGAGGUGGAGGAGGAUUCAGAGGAGGACGAGGUGGUGGAGGAGGCUUUCGGGGAAGAGGACAUUAAAAAUGGAGCCACAAGUAUCUCCCCGCUGUCUUACCAUAUCACCUGCAAAAGUGAAGACCAAGAAAAAUUUUUGUAAAGGACCCUGAAAAAGUUCUUUUUGUAAAGAACUUGAAGCUGUAAAAUGACAAUUAUUUUUCACUUGACUGUUGGGCAACAUAUGAGCAGAACGUAGCCCCAGGCGAAGAAUUGAAGACUGCUCAGAAUAUACUUGAACUUUUAAAACUAGCCAGGAUUUAAGUUUAUACUUAAACUGUUUCUGAGAAGUGACAGAGUCAAUGCCUGACUUCUUGUGGGAGUUUGGAGUAAGCAAUCGAUUGCAAUGUUUUUUCAAAAAGCCCUUUGGGUUCAAUACAUGCACAUCAUCAGUAUCUUGCUCUAAGUAGACAUGUAAUUUAAAUAAUCUUUGUGAACCUUUUUUUAGAAACUAGUCUUCACAAUUUUGUGUUGAUGGAAAGUUUUUUGUAAGUAAUAAUGUAUAAAAAAGGAAGAUAGCAAAGGUUAUUUUGAUUAUUUUUUUUUCUGUAUAAAUCUCAAUGAAAGCCAAAGACAUUAAGACAUACUCUUCUUAGAAGGUGCUAUCUAAUAAAUAAGACAAGGUUAA